AUGAUCCUCAACCUCUAUCUACAGUCAUCAGCGGAAAGAAUCUUCAAGUCCCCUCCUGGCGCAUUCCCGCUGGCAUUUACACCAUCAUCACAUUCCUCACCUGCGUUGUCAGUGGAGAUCAGGGCGUCCUAUGAGCUUGGUCGAAUGCUAGGCGGUGGAGAGGUCAUUGGGGAACUUCAAAUGUUGUGGGAUGAGCUACUCGAUCAUGGAGAUCACCCAUUUGAUCUAUCCUUCCCAGCCGCGCGCGGUGUCCAACCUUCCAUUACACUGAGGGUUGCUAUUGUAUAUGCUUGGGACAAUCCAAACGGCACGCUAUUUGAUCCCCUCGUAGACUGCGAGAUUGCUCGAGACGCAGAUACGGGCCACGCACAAUUUGCCUCAUACAUGAAAAGCGACAAUGUCUCUCACCUGGACGAUGCUAUGGAGGAUUUUCAGUGGGUUCUGAACCAGUGUCCGGUCGGCCAUCCAGACCGCGCAACAGCUCUCAACAACCUCGCAUGGACCUACCUUCAAGGCUACCUCCAAAAUGAUGUUCAAGACAUUGAUUUCCCCACUUCCCUUUUCCGCAACGCCCUUGCAUUGCGUCCGCAGCACCAUCCCGAUCGUCCCUUAUCUCUAUUCAAUCUCGCCGUGGCGCUGAGUUGGCGCCACAACAAGACAAGAACUGCUGGCGACAUCCGGGAAGCCGCCCAACUAUAUCAUGAGCUACUGCCUCUCUGUCCAGAGGGCACGUACCUUCGUAGCAUCGCGGCAGGCAAAAAUAGUCUUGAUUAUGUGAUCUGCGGAUGCAAUGGUCUUCCACCUGAUGGAUCCGAUGAAGGCAUCCACCUUCGAAGAGUCGUCCUCGAGCUCUGUCCUCUGGGCCACCGACUUCGUCCCAUAACCCUCCACGAGCUUGCACAAGCAGUUGAAGCACGUUUUGAUCAGCACGGCGGCAUCGAUGAUCUUGACGCGAGCAUACAGCUUCGUCGUGAAGCCGUGUCUCUGUGUCCCGAGGGACAUGCUGACCGCGAUACCUACCUGAACAACUUGGCGUUUUCACUCGUAUCCCGCUUUAAGCACCAAGGCAAUCAUAACGACCUUGAUGGAGCCAUAUCCUUGCACGAAGCAGCGCUGCACCUGCGCCCUGUUGGGCACGAAUUUCGUGAUUACUCAUUGGGCAACCUAGGGGUCGCCCUCGUCGACCGUUUCAAGGAACGUGAAGACAUUGAAGACAUGACCCGAGCCAUCAGCUUCUAUCGCGAGGCACUGACGUUGCGCCCACCUGGGCAUCCAGGUCGUACCAUCACCCUUCACAGCCUUGCCCACGCGCUCCAAAACAGAUAUGACAAGUCGCAAGUUAGCGCGGAUCUUAACGAGGCCAUUCAUUGGUAUCGCGAUUCCCUUCGGUUACGGCGGCUUGACCAUCCAGGGCAUCAUUUAACUCUUUCCAAUUUGAGCUCGGCACUCUGCUCUCGUUUCACGGAAACUCAGGAGAACGAAGAUGUUGAGGAGGCCAUUGCUCUUUGCCAAGACUCAUUGGCGGCUCUGUCUUCACUGCACCCGGACAGGUACUUCAGCUACAUGUGGCUGCAGGAGGCCUAUUUGUCUCGUUACAGGGUUCUACACGACCCUGCUGAUUUGUCUCUUGCAGUGGAGAACUUGAGACUGGCAUCAAGGCACCCUACUCAGGGCUUUCCAUAUCGCAUUAGAACAGCCGGGAGAUGGGUCACCGCUGCAGAGACGCACAGUCAUAUAUCCUUACUGCAGGCCUACAGCACAUGCUUCGACCUUCUUGACGGUCAUUUAGCAACGCGAUCAUCGACAAUUUCACGACGCGUAGCUGCUGCUGCCUUCGAUGAUGUCAGAUCGCUGCCUGUAGAUGCAGCAUCGUGCGCUAUCCGUAAUGGCGAUCUACGACACGCAGUCGAACUCGCAGAGCAGGGCCGUGGCCAGCAAUGGUCGCUGGCAUCUCGACUCAGGACUCCAGUUGAAGACCUCGAGUCAGUAAAUCCGGCACUGGCGCACAAUUAUUUGGAGCUGAGCAAGUGCAUUUCCAAUGCAGCCCAGAGUUCUGCACAUAUCACUGACAGAGCUGCUGCUGCUCGGGCAGCAAUGGAGUACAGAAGACUUACAAGGCAAUGGGAAACUGCGGUAGCUGAGAUACGUGAUCUUCCGGCGUUUUCGCGCUUCCUGCUCCCACCUCUGUAUGCAGACCUGCAAGCGGCAGCCCGCCAGGGCCCGGUCAUCAUCCUCAUUGCCAGUCAAUACUCGUGUAGCGCCAUCAUCGUCCCCACGUCAGGAGACCCCCAUCAUGUUCCCUUGCCGUCUGUCACUCUCGCAGAUCUGACCAAUCUCAAGGAUUGCUUCGCCAGGGCAAUACGACAAGCAUCUGCCCUGGGCCCCAAAUUGCCGCGAAACGAUCUAAUAGUCCUCUUGCGGACAGUAUGGGACGAGAUCAUGCUACCCAUCGUCAACGUCCUCCGGCAUGAUCUGAAACUAAAAUACUACUCUCGAAUCUGGCUUUGUCCAACGGCAGCUUUCACGUCUAUUCCUCUCCACGCAGCUCACCCGUUCCGAACCAACCCAGAUGGCUCUAAGGAGCCAUGCCUGGAGGAUCUCUACAUUUGCUCUUACACGCCCACACUUUCGGCUCUAGUGAGAUCUAGACAGAUGAUGAAGAAGCGUGUCACUCCGUCCUUCAUGACAAUCGGACAGGGUCAACCGGGUGCAGGGAAAGGCAAGGCGCUCUUGACUGUGGACAACGAGCUUGAGCUUGUCCAUAAGCUCGUUCCUGCGACGGCCAAAUACACUACUAUUUCUGGGGACGCAGCCACACGAGCAGGUGCGCUCGAAGCUUUGCAAGCGAACACCUGGGUGCACCUUGCUUGUCAUGGCAAGCAGGACCCAAAGCAGCCUUACAAUUCACAUUUCGUCAUGAGAGACCAAGAUCUGACGCUGCUCGAUAUCAUGGAGAGAGACAUUCCACAUGCCGAGUUCGCAUUCCUAUCAGCGUGUCAUACCGCCGUCGGAGAUGAGGAGACCCCCGACGAAGUGAUUCACCUCGCAGCUGGUCUUCAGUUUUCAGGGUUCAAGAGCGUCAUUGGGACGCUGUGGCAGGUUGACGACUCCGUCGCACAACAUGUCGUCAAAGUCUUUUAUGAGAAUAUGUUCAAAGAUUCGAAGGAUGGUGGUGUGAUGGACUGUACGAGGGCGGCCUGGGCACUGAACCGUGCUACGCACGCUGUGAAGACGAAAGUGCCGCUGGAGCAGAGAAUGGUUUUUGUUCAUAUUGGUGUGUAGUUCUGUCGUAUUCCUAUCGCCUGGUACAUAUUCACAAACUGUUGAUCUGCGAUCUGUUGUGAAAAUGAUUCUAAUAUCAUACUCUUGCGCUCCAGCUAUCUUAUUUUCGUAUACUUUGUGGUAUUUUCGUCGACUAGAAUGUUCACUAAAGUACUUGUGUACUCGACUCGUUUACAGCCUCGUC